GUGAGUGUGACAGAUGACACAUGACAAAUGUCAUGCAUAUUGUAUAUGUGCAUAUCUUUUUUAAAUUAUAAAUUUAAAAACAACAAGUCCUAACAAAUUACUACAUAUAAUAAAAUAAUUAUGUUUUACUAUGUAUAAGUAAAGCACAUUUUUACAUACCACAAAAUAACAACUAAACAAAAGUAAAAUAAUAAAACUUUAAUAAUUGGUUAAUUCUUUACCUACCUAUAACCUAGGAAUUUAUUUAAAUUUAUUAUUUCGUGCUUUUAUCCAUAAUUGUAUUUAAAUCAAGAUGUGUGGAAUUUUUUGUGAGAUUCGACAGCACAGUCAAAGUCACAAGGAUGAAUAUAUUUUAUACCGGCUAAGAAACAGAGGACCUGAUUGUGCUCAUUCCAUUGAUGUCGUAGUUAACAAUGAUAUAAGUAUUUACUUUUGUGGUACUGUACUAUGGAUGCAAGGUUCUGAGCCCACGAAACAGCCAAUUGAAAACGAUUUUGGUAUACUUUUAUUCAAUGGUGACAUAUUUUAUAAUAGUUGGUCCAAUGAUCCCAGCUUAAGUGACACUCAAAUUUUACUAGAUAAAUUAAGUAAUUGUUCUUCUUCUGAGGAUGUUAUUUUAACUGUUAAGUCAUUUAAGGGCCCAUUCAGUUUAAUCUAUUAUAAUAAGUGUACACAGAUAUUAUAUUUCUCAAGAGAUAGAAUUGGACGUAACUCAUUACUAUUUCAUAAAGCUGAUGGCUCUUAUAUUAUCAGUAGUGUGCUGGGUAGAAAAUAUCCUUGCAUUGAGGUAGCAGCUGCCUAUAUAUAUGAGCUUAAUUUAGGUACAAAAAUGUUGAAUUUGUAUUCAUGGGAGACUAGUAUUAAAGUUUUUAAUACUUAUCAAGUUGAUGAUUGGUUAAACAUAGCUCAAAAACAACAAAGUAUACCAGACGAGGAACUUAAUGAUGAACUAGAAGACACAUUCGAUUUAAAUGAUGAGGAUGGCAUUAUUAAAGUAAUAGAAGAAGUUACUCAGAAUGAAAAAAACAAGUUAUUUAUUUUGGAAAGGCUCUUGUUGAACAGUACUAUAUUUAAAACUGUUACAGAUAUAACUUCAUUGCUAGAAAAAAGUGUGAGAGUGAGAGUUGAAACACAACCAAAUAAAUGUAAAAAUUGUAUAAAAAGUGAAAUGUCAUGUGUGCAUUGUACAACUGGAAUACUUUUUUCUGGUGGUUUGGAUUGUACUAUACUAUCAUUAAUUGCUGAUAAAUAUGUGCCAAAAGAUCAACCUAUUGACCUUAUAAAUGUGGCUUUUAAGACAAAAAAUAAUGAUUCUUAUGAUGUACCAGAUAGAAUAACUGGUCGGCAAUCAUUUGAAGAACUAAAAAGAAUUUGUAGUUCCAGAAUGUGGAUCUUUCGGGAAGUUAAUGUGCCAAAGGAAAAAUUAGAAAAAUAUCAAUCUUUAAUAAUUGGAGACCUUGUGUAUCCAAGGCGUACCAUAUUAGAUGAAAGUCUUGGUUCAGCUCUGUGGUUUGCAGCUCGCUGGGAUGAUGAACUGGAUGUAUCACCGUGUAGGAUCUUGCUAAUUGGAUCUGGUGCUGAUGAAUUAUAUGGUGGUUAUAUGAGACAUAGGCAAUCCUUGAGACGUCGUGGUUGGUUAGGAUUAUCACAGGAAUUAUUGAAAGAUUGGAAAAGAAUAUCAUUUAGAAACCUUGCAAGAGACAACAGGGUUAUAUGUGAUCAUGGUAGACAGCCACGAAUGCCAUAUUUAGAUGAAGACCAUGUAAAUUAUGUAUUGAAAUUAAAACCUUGGCUUAAAUGCUUUCCAAGUGAAAAUUUAGAAUGUGGAGUUGGAGACAAGCUCAUGUUGAGACUUGUUGCACUACAUCUAGGUCUUAAAAAUUCAGCAACCCUGCCCAAAAGGGCCCUCCAAUUUGGCUCAAGAAUUGCUAAUAAAAAGGAAAAAGGCAGUGAUCUGUCUAAAACAUUUAUCUAAAUAAAUUAUUA